GCUUCAUAUUCUGGCACCAUCAGCACAACAAUUACUGGAAAAACUUGUCAAAGGUGGGAUGCCAUACUUCCACAUGCACCAGUAUACGCCAUGGGCCCUGAACAUGCAAAUUACUGCAGAGCUCCAGAUAAUGACACACGAGUGUGGUGCAUGACAACAAACAUCACUACUCCAUGGGAGUAUUGUGAUGUAUCAGAAUGUGUUACGAGCACGACGGAAAUCACAACAAACGAAAUAACAGUUGUAGAGACGACAGCUGCCAUGACAACCAAAAUAACAAGUGCACAAGAAACCACAACACUUGAUACCCUGACAACCAAAACAAUACCACAAACUUAUGUGCAAACAACAAAUCAAAGUCCGCCACCAACAAAUACAAUAUACACAACAACCAAUUGCAGUGGUAGUUAUAUUUGUCCAUGUGGAAGCAGAGCAAUUUAUUGGAUGCAAUUCAAUCAAGCUAAUUUAACACAAGCAGAAAAGUUAGCAAUUUUAGACGAAGAAAAAGCACGACUACGGAAAAUUUUGAUAGUUGAUAAAACUAUAUUGACCUCGUAUAUACGUGCUCGAACAAGUGCCGAGGAUAAACGACCAAGCGCUAAGUCAAUAGGCCUUGUUGGAGCCCUCAUCUUAGUUAGUUUUGGUGUUAUUAUUGUGUUAUCGGACCUUAUGUCAUGUUUACCAAAACUAUACCAUCAUUUCAAAACCCGUCACUAAAUUAUAAAUUUGUCUUUUUAACAUGCAUACAAAAAUGUAAAUUACCACAUUUCUAAUAGUAAUUUAUAA